AUGAGCUACAACAGCGAAAACACUCUUACUGCUAAAACCUUUAACGUCUCUGAAGAUGAUCUUUCUCAAUCUUUCUUGAGUCUUGUUAAGAUCGCAGAUGAGUCUGGUAAUUUUGCUGAGAGAAUCUACUCAACGAAAAAUGAAGUUCGUGAUGCUGUCAAUGAAUGCGGUGAAAUGCACAACAUUUUCAGCACAAAGAAUUCCAAUGCCUUUGCAAUUCACUUAAUUUAUAAGUAUGCGGGAAUAUACCGUAAAGUAAGAAUUGAAGAGGAAGAAACCACUGACAUUCAGAAUGAGACAAAGAAUAAAGGCAUGAAUGCAAAAAACGAAAGAUUAAUGAAAGAUCAGAGAAUCGGUUGUACCUGCUUUAGAAGUAUCUUUAGUGAAUAUAGAAUCCAACCUGAAGUUGUUAAGGCAAAGAUCAGAGAUCUCUUUCAGCUUGGACAUAAUCCUCAACAGGUCCUCAAUUACCUUCAAUCCGAAAAGAUCGAUAACAUUACGAAGAAAGAUCUUAAGAACAUGCAUUACCACUUUUAUGCCUCUGAAAAAGGAAAGAAAAUGUUUGACUAUAUGGUUGGCUUGCAAGAGAAGAACUAUAUAAUUCAUUACAUUGUCAAUGCCAAUAAUGAAUUAGACGAUUUUUUUCUGCCAUGA